UCAAUUUCAAAAUCAAAAAUCUUAUUUUUCCCUCUCUUUCUUUCAUCUGACGCUCUCUAUCUCUCUUUCACGUCUUUCUCCUUCUUCCUUCUCCGGCGAUUUCGCUGGUUCUCGCCGCCUCCGGCGCGACGAGGAUCGUGGUGGUUCUUCCCCUUUAUCGUUUUCGACUUAUCCACCGGUGCCACCGUCUGUAUCUCUCUCCCCACUCGUAAUUCUCAAUUCAGACCACACAUCCCCCAAAGGUUACUCUCUCUGUCGUUCGCCGCUAGCCACCGUCUCCAUCUUCUCCAAUCGCGCUACCCUACCUCAGAGCCUCCACUGUCGAGUCUUCUCCAUCGUCUCACCCCAUCCUCGGCCGCCGCCGCUAAUUUGAAAUCCCUAACCCCCAAAUUGCGACCCCUCUCUUUUUCCCUAAUUGUUACCGGUCUCUUGCCUGCGCCGCUUGCGUCUGUCUCUCUGGAAACCGGUGGCAUUUCGAUAGCCAGAUGCGAUUCAAGCUUUCAUUUCCCGGUGGAAGCUUCGAGACAUGGUCAGAAAACCUAGCUCUAGCAUCUUUUGGAGGUAUGAUUCCCUUUCAAAAUUCUUCGUCUCUCACCACCUCUCCCGCAGCGAUUCUAUUGCUAGCCUCGCUGUUAAGUAUCCUGUUCAGGAAUCCGAAGAACUCACAUCAUCUACACAAUGGAGUUGUGCAGCAAUAUAUACAGCAAAUCAAGCAUCUGGAAUCUGAACAAACUUCAUCAAUAUCUAAAGCAAAUUGGGUCUUGAAGGAGCAGAGGAGCUGGCGCCAAGUUAGGGACUUCUUUGGUUGGAUGAAAUUACAGAAUGGGCAUGUGGGAUUUAUGCUUUCGUGUUAUGACGCACAAUUAAGCUAUGGUUCAACCUCAGACAAUUUUGUUGCUAGAUAUAAAAACCUUCUAUACAAGAAUGUCCUAAGUAAGUCUAUUUACAUCCACCUACUUUGUAAGUUAUUGAAGAUAUCAAUUAUUAGUUGAAACUUGAAAGCUAUCGUGAAUGACUCUCAAUCUCAGGUACUCUUGCUGUACAUGGAUCUAUUGAGUGGUGUUGACAUGGACAGAGUUAGUUUCGUAAGGUGUUGUAUGGGCAGAUUGGUUUAUGGUAGUUUUUUUUAAUGUUAUUUUUGUUUUCUUUUGACUUUAGAUAGAACUAUUGUACUUAGCAUUUUGAUUAUCUUCGGAUGAGAAUUUUAUUACAAUGUUUAUUUUAGUACAAUGUUUGGAUGAUUAAUUAUUUAUAUAAUAUAUGUUUUAGAUUGUA